GUGCCCUAAUCUGAACCACGUAAACAAAGGUCAAGGCCAUAUAUUGCACGCUUUUUGUAUUGAUACUUCGUAAACAGUUUUUUUUUCGAAAGCAGAAAAAUGUCAGACGCCAGUCAAGAUGCAGAACUGAAGGGUGGUCAUGCCCCUGCAGUGAAAGUAGGUGGUAUGAGAGUUGUUACCCACCAGAAGAAUGAAAAAGUGGAAGGUGCCACACCCCCUCCAACAAAAGAGGAAAUAGAAGAGUUUGGAGAGAGUGCUCCAAAGUCUGAUAAACACCAUACUUCAGUUCUAAUAUCUGGUGCUUUAAGUAAGGGAGACAAAGAUUUCCCACCGGAAGCUGUGAAGGCAUAUCAUGAUAAGCCACUGCCAACGCACGACAACAGACCAAAUCAGAAACCUCAGAUCAUACAUCAACCAAACAAGCAUUGAACUAACAGAAACAAACUUAUUGAAGAGAAAAUGAUAUAUUUAUGAUUACAGAAAUAGAAAAAAAAAGAUAUGAGUACUAAGGAUUUGAUAAGAACACUUGUUGAUAGAAAACAAUUUGUGUUGUCAUGGUGAUGGGGAAACUUUGAAGACUGUCUCUUAUGGAUAAUGUUAUUACUGUAAACCAACUACUUUUCAAAACUUUCCAAAAUAGAAAAGUAAUGCAAAUAUAAUUCGUCACUAAUAUGUUGAUCUUUUCUUGUAUUUGAAAACACCAAAAAAGUUAGAAAAUCAUGGAAAAAAGCAAAUAAUAGAACAAUGCAACCAAAUGAAUCCCCAAGAAUAAGUUGGUUUAAUGUAUAAGAAUUUGAAAGAAAAAACUUUUUUGAGUAAUUUUGAUAGUGACUAUUUAGUCUAUUUUGUACUUCUUUUAAAAGUAUAAAAUCUAAUAUUCUAAUUUUAAGCAGAUUUUUUCCCUCUAAAUGUUCUAUACUUAUAUAAAAAACAGUUAUAUAAUGAUCUAAUAUCUUUUUAAGAAAUAGAUGAUUUUCGAAUAGCAUUUAUUAUUGUGUGUUUAAAUCAUUUUAAUGUAUUAAACUUUUGAUAUAAACUAAAUCAUUUUUAUGAGUGUUCAUAUACAAGGUUAUUGCUUUGCUGGAAAAAAUAUACAUGUAUUGACACUUUCGUACUUUUGAAAAAUUGCCUUUUAUGAAAUUUUAUUUUUCUAAAUAGUAAUGAAAAGACAAUGUUGAGCAUAAUUCUUUUUUGUUCUUUUGUGUUAAUUAGAGAGAUAUAUCAUGCAUUACAAUUAUACAUAUUGUUAGUUUUUUUUUAUGUUAAUCUUUUUACGCAGAUUUGGUGCAAAAGAAUACUUUUUUUCUUUUUGGUUGUUAUGUUUGCUUUAUUGAUUCUUUAUGAGCUUUUGUUGCCUUUCUUUGUAUAUCCAGUUUUUUUUAUAAUAUAUUAAAACCUGGAGUGUUUGUAUUAAUGCUUUUUCACAUGUAGUUUUCAAAAUUUCAAAUUCACUUUAUUAACAAAACCAUUCAAUGAGGAGCUUUCACAUCAAUUAAAAAUUUGAGAGAAACCAUAUGCACACGAUCAUGCAAUGGCGGAUUUUUUUAAGAAAUAAAUGAUAUUUAAUUCACACAGAUAUUGUUUACUUUAAAACUAUUGUUUUAUAUUUUUCUGCCAAAAUUUUAUUUCAGGGAAUGAAUGUCUGGAAUGAUUAUACAUUUGCUAAACAUCUUACACAUACAUGUUACUUAAUAACACACCAAGAAACAGUAUUUUUACUUAUGAUUUUUCACGAAAUUGGUCCAAAUGAUAUCAGAACUGUGUUGUAUAGUAAAAGCAGUUAAAAUUUUAAUCAUAGUAUUUGAUACAUGUGGUACACUGUAAAUGCAAUAUACUUAAAAGGUGUUCCCAUUUUAUAUACAACUUGUAUCUUUUCUUAAUCUUUAUUAUCUAAUUAUAUAUUGUUGUCAAAUUGAAUAUUCAUACUAUGUCUAUAGUUACUAACUGCUCAAUGGCAGUAAAGGAGUUCAUCCCUCAAUGGAAGGGGUCCAAAAGAUUAUUCCAUCUGUUUGAUAUACUAUGGUUUGAUAUGGUUGUGUAAAUGAAAUUUGUUAAAAAUAACAGAUGGUAAACCCAAAAUGUUUAUAAAAGAUAUCAAUUGCUAUAUUUAAUUUUCUAAAGAGUAAACAAAAACAUCAUGAUCGAUUUUGCCAUAAUAGAACAUAUGAACAGACUAUGAACAAAACAGUACCUUAUUUUAAACCGCAAGCCAAAUUUUCAAAACAAGGAAGUUAAGAUACACUGCCUUUUGCAAAUAUGGUAGUAUGAAAAUUAUUAAAAAAUUCAUAGUGUUGUAGACUUUAUUGAACAACAUAAAAUAUUCAAGAAAGUGCUCAGUUCUUCAAUAAAAGUAAAAAAAGAAA